UUAACUGGUUAGGAGCAGGAAUAAGAAAAACCUUUAUUCAGGCUCGCUGGCAUUGAGUUAAGUAAAGGAUUAGAUGGGAAUAAGAAAAAUAGUGGAGAAAGCAGGAAAAGUUUAGGCUGCUUGUGAGGGCAGUGGCCAAGUAAGAGACCAUUGGGACCUGGCAGUGCAGAGAGGCCAGACCAGCUAGCAGGGGACUGUGUGCAGAGACAGUGGCAGGGCUCGUGGUUACUGGCCUAUUAACCUUCACACACAUUGCCACCUUCCUAGGCUAAAUAGGCCUUGAGAUUGAAGAUGCCCACACUACCAAGUACCAACUUGAGCUUCUCUACAUUCCUGCUGACGGGCUUCCCAGGCCUGGAGUGGGCUCACCAGUGGAUUUCGCUGCCCAUUUUUGUAGGAUACCUUGUGGCCCUUAUGGGUAAUGCCACUAUCUUGCAUCUGGUGCGAACUGACCCUUCCCUCCAUCAGCCCAUGUACUACUUCCUGGCCAUCCUGGCUGUGACGGACUUGGGCUUGUGCAUGUCCACGCUGCCCUCAGUGCUGGGUGUGCUGUGGUUUGAUGCCCGGACAGUGGGCCUGGUGCCCUGUGUUCUGCAGCAGCACUUCCUCCACUCCUUCUCCUUCAUGGAGUCAGCCGUGCUCUUUGCGAUGGCUCUGGACCGCCUGGUGGCCAUCCGAUUCCCACUGCGCUACGCAUCUGUGCUCACAGGUCCUCGUGUGGCCCUGGCUGGGGUUGUGCUGGGUAUGCGGAGUGCUGCUAUCACUGCUGCACCCUCUUUGCACCUACUAAAAUUUGACUACUGCCACCCUGGGGCGCUCUCCCACGCUUACUGUCUUCACCAGGACAUGAUCCGCCUGGCCUGCUCUGACACACGCUUCAACAGACUCUAUGGGCUGUGCAUCAUUAUGCUGGCCAUGGGCUCCGAUGUCCUUUUCAUCCUGCUCUCCUAUGCCAGCAUCCUCCGCACCGUGCUCUCCAUCGCCUCUGCAGGGGAGCGGCUCAAGGCCCUCAACACCUGUGUCUCACACAUCCUGGCUGUGCUCUGCUUCUACGUGCCUGUGCUAGGCCUGUCCAUUGUGCACAGAUUUGGUCGCCACACCUCACCGCUGGUGCACAUCCUCAUGGGCACUGUCUCUGUGCUCUUCCCUCCCCUGAUGAACCCCGUUAUCUACAGCAUCAAGACCCAGCAGAUCCGCAGGGCCAUUCUCAAGGUGAUUUCACUAGGGAAGAUAAAAUGA